AUGACUUCUCAAGGUCAGGCGCCGUUAGCUUCCGAAUGGAACGACGAGAAAAAUGCUAGCAUUGACUGGACAGAUGUUGAAGAUGUUUCCGGCAAUUGCUUCACAUUUUUACAGAUUCUUAUGGCACACCCGCGCCUAGACGCAUUUUUUGAUCAGCAUAGGGACGAAAAGGAUUUUUACAAGGCUAUGUUUCUUUCUUGGGAACACCGCAGCGAGCAGGCGGAGGCGCUGAAAAAAUGGAACGAGCAGCAAUUAUUAUCGCUCCGAACGGCAAGGUGGUGUAGGCAUUGCGGAUUUGAGGGGCAUACUCGUGCCCGUUGUGCGCAACGAACCAAAAAAGCUGACCCCCAGGAAGUGGACGAGGCAGGAAAGGAUGUAGGGACUCAAGCUACGGGUACGAGUGAUAAAGCUCGGGAUACAUUUGUGUUAUCGCAGCCUGCUCCGUCAUCAAAGGUAAUGGAGAAGUAUCGUGCCCACCAGCAGCAUCUUGCACGUCUGAAGCUGUUAGGAGAAAAGACGAAGCGGCUUGAGAGCAAGGCCGGGAAAGGGGAUUCGUCCCUCGUAAGUGCGAAUCGUACUCGUAAUGGUAACAAUAAUAGUGGAUACAAUCAGAGGCAGUAUAAUAGUCCACAUGUAAAGGAUAAGAACACAGAGGCUUCCUUGUUCACAGAGGAGCGUCGACACGGGACAAUCAGCCGACUGGAUGUGAGCAAUGGGAUUGGGUUUUUACGCAUGCAGGACGCUAGUGAGGCUAAAUUUUUUCUAGACAACACCGGCUACGGUGUCAAAAGCAUCGCUGUGGGGGAUUCGGUUUACUUCAGGAUGGACGAAUCCCGUGGUUUCCCUGUGGCUAGUGACGUCCACCCGGAGAAACCGGUGAUUACGGAGGCUGACGUUGUCAAGUUUAUCACUCGCUGUAAAACACACAAGCAGCCCAUCGUCUUAAUCACCAUGCUUCUGAUGCAUCGCCAUGAGUGGAAUGAGGUACUGGUCUGGAUUCGGUCUCUGGCCGAUCGUGAAGCCUUCGCCGAUGCCGUCCACACCUUGGUUGAGCUGAUUACCUUUAUCGAAAACCGUGAGCCGAUCCACUUGAAUAUGUUGGAGGCAUUUCUAUCCCUAACGAUUGAGGAUCACAGCGGUAGCGCCCAAACGAGCACGACGGUGGCGGUGCCACCUCGUCAGACAGAGGCUGCGGAGGCGAAGGUCGGGGGGGGGAAGGCAUUCUUCCUUGACAUGGUGCAAGACGCCCUUGAGUGGAAUGAUGAACUUACCCGGACGAUAGGUUGCAACACUGGGGCCACGACCUCGCCACCUUCCGGCACAAACAAGGGAGGAAAUGACCAAAUCGAGCAUCCCGGCCAUGGAAAGGAUAGCGAAGCCGCUGAGAUGCGAUUGCUUCGGUGUUCCGAGCGAUGGAUUGAGGUGGUGAACUAUUUGAUCCUUUUGCGGCAAUACACCAAUGUGGCAUCAGCCCGCUUGGAGCGGGUGCAGCAGUCUUUAUUUCAUCUCCUUGAGAUGCGCAUGGCCGCCUCUCCGAGGCCGGCGAAUUACUCCCAACUAGAGAAUGCCCGUCAUAGACUUCAGUCCUCAACAGCGGCUGAUCGUGGAUCCGCCAUGUUCAUCCCUUCCGCGAAGGAGUUUUCGGUGCCGCCGCCCCUACCACAGUCCCCAUUCUUCCCUGCGAAUCUUCCCAUCAACGGCGUCGGUUUAUACAGCUCCCAGGAGGAGUUUAUCCGCGCGCAAUGCCAACUCCUACGGGCAGACACCUUCGAAGCCACCAGCCGUCUCAUGCCGUCCCUGUGCUACCAGCUACCCGAUUACGAGCCGAGCAAGGAGACGAAGUCCGAUAUGGAGCACGCACGUCUCUUUGGGAAGGUUCGUUUUCUUGCCAAGGUUAUUACCGAUGAUCGGGACUUCGGCCACCCGGACAGCUACAUUCUGGAAGUGCAGCCCAUGAGCGCCAAGGCCAAUCUCUCCGCGCAGCUUCUUCAAGGCGCGACGGUCUGCAUCACCACGAGCCUGAACAGAACAGAGAUCGAGGAUACGGAGGUUUUCUGGGGUACCGUCUCCUCUGGUAACUCAAGGUUGCUCAAUGUGAACGCUAUCGUUGUGAUGCCAUGUGAGUUUAGCACACCCUUCACGGUUCUGCAGGAGAAUUUGUUGCGCAACGAGACGGCCGGGCGCGAUGACUGCUCCUUACUGAUGGAAACCCCUAUAUUUAUGUCGGGGUAUAUGAGUAUUAUGAAAGCUCUACGUGCCUUUCUCGGACCUCUGGCGAUGCCACUCCCUAUGGCGCAGCAGAUUAUUCAGACGAAGCCCAAGGAGGCGGUGACGGCCGCCUCUCGCAGGGGUCGACUUCUCUCCCACAUUCCUCUGCACUGCGAGUACGCUUUUCAGGAGCUCAUAGUCGACGUCCGCGGGCGUUUUAUACUGGAUGCCGGACAGGACACCCUCAUGCAAGAGCUUCCGUACUCCAAAGUACUGCUGGUGCAAGGCCCACCUGGGACGGGUAAGUCCUUUAUUGGAUGUCGUGUGGUGGAGACCUACGUGCGGUACAAACAACUUCUCGCCUCUGGGGAUAUUCUGCAGCGUGUGGACGUGGACUUGCUGACAUCCACUCGUCUGGAUGCGCUUUUGCCAGUGAUGGGUCCGAUCGUGGUCAUUACCUAUAAGAAUCACGCCUUGGACGAGUUUCUUGUGGAUAUGCUGAAUUGUGGGCUUUGGAAUGAGGGGCGGCCUCAGACAGGGCAGCAGCUGGCUUCGGUGGCGGCCUUGGACGGUCCGAGGGGCGUGGCCGGAGUGACCAGCAGCGUGGGGAGCCCCGACAUGUUCCCAGGAGGUCGACGUUUGGUGCGUAUUGGUGGCCGCUCGAAAGAGCCACGUCUCGACCCGCACAACCUCGGCUCCCUCCUCCAUUCAAUGUCGGAUAAGUCCGCGAUCAAGAGCCUCCGAGAGCGUAUUUUUGUGCUGCAGCAAAGGAUCGAACGACUUACAAAGGAGAUCCACUACCUGGAGAAGGGCAAAGUGCCCAAGACGUACUUCCUGCGCUGGUUGACGCCUGAGCAGCAGCAGCACAUCACCUUCGAGGAGCGAGAGGAGUGGCUGAGAGGUGAGCGUUACAUCGGAGAACCCCUAAAUCGACCCAAGGUGGAUCCAAAGCUUUAUUUGGAGAUUCUGUCCACGAAAUUGGGAGCCGCAUUGGAAGCAGGGAAUGUCCAAAAAGGUCUUGGGGACGAAAGCAAGAGGGAACAACACAAUUCUGAGUUGAUUUCGGGGCCUGCGGUUGUCCUUCAAAAGGAUGGAGAUGCUGAAACCGAGGAUGUAUCGCUGAGUGUAUUUCAAGAAAUGAAGCGAGAGAAUGAGAGCCGCGAGCUCAAUAGUGCGCUUGACGGUAACUAUCUCUCUAGGGAGGCGAUUAACUUAGCUAACAACCCGCCAGCGCGUCCGGAGGAGGUGCCCGCCGAAUUCAUGUCUUUCUGGAGCUUGGAUCCAGUAACGCGGCAUAAAUACUACGCGUACCUCAUCCAACGCACCAUCUCGGUAAAAGCCAAAACCUGCCUCGCUUUGAUGAACACCCUGUUGAAUGUCGUCCAGAUACGUAACCAUGCCAUCGACGAGGCUAAGCUCAGCCUGCUGCGCGGCGCGGAUGUGGUGGGCGUCACCACCACCGGCUGCGCUAUGAAUCAAAAUCUCAUUCGCUCGCUCCGUCCAAGUGUUUUGGUGGUCGAGGAGGCGGCUGAGGUGUUGGAGAUGCAAUUGCUAGCCUGCAUGACGGACUCCCUGAAGCAGAUUAUUCUCAUCGGCGACCAUUUUCAGCUUCAGCCAAAGGUGGAAACCUUCAUGUAUGAAAAGGUAAACCGCCUGAACCUGUCUUUAUUCGAGCGAUUGGCGACUCAUAUCUCGCCGAUCCGGUUGACUGAGCAGCGUCGGAUGCACCCUGACAUCGCGACGCUCAUACGGCCUUUUUACGACCCACAGCCGCUGAUCGAUCACCCGUUGGUCUUGCAGCGGCCCUUCGUGAUGGCGAGCGGCGCGCUUCUGUACAAUGGGGUGCCUGGUCUUGUCGAGCGCGUCUUCUUCUGGCGCCACGACCACCCAGAAGAGGAGCCCCCUGGAAGUCGAAGCAAGAUCAACACACGCGAGAUACGGAUGGUUCAGCAGGUGGCUCAGCUGCUCGUAUCGGAGGGGGUUUUGCAAGGAUCCAUCACUGUUAUCACGCCCUACCUGGGGCAGUGCCGCGUGCUGCGCAGCGUGUUACGGCUCUCGUCGUUACCCAAGGUCCGCGUCAGCACGGUGGAUCUCUUCCAAGGAGAUGAGAACGACAUCAUCAUCCUUUCUAUGACUCGAACCGAAAAGCUGACGGAGUUUAUUCGCAUGCGCAAUCGGUUGAUCGUGUCGUGCUCACGAGCUCGUUUUGCAAUGGUGAUUAUUGGCAAUGACACCUUACUCAAGCAGUGCGAGCACUGGGCGCAGGUGCUCAAAUACCUUGAGGAGAAGAAAUGUGUGGGGACUAAGCUGCCCGUCAGGUAUCGCGAUCGUCCUGGGAAAGUUGUGUGGAUGGAGGCCGCGGGAACGAUAUCGGCUGAAAAGUUGACAAAGGAAAUCGAGGCAAGCCUGGCCUCGGUCACUCCCGCUGAGGCCGAAAGUGAUGUGAAGGAAAAAGAAAAUCAAAGUAGCAUUCAUUCUAUCAUACCAGGGUAG